AUGGCAGACUUGACAAGGGAAUUUUUUGACAGACCUGAGAACGAUGAUACUUUGCAAAAUAUUAGAAGACAGUAUUUGGAAUCAAAGAGAAAUUUACAAGAUCUUAUGAUGAAGCAAAAUCAAAAUGGAGAUGCUGAUGCUGAUGAUGCUGUUGGCGUCGGCAUCGGCGUCGGCAUCGGCGGGGGUGUUAAUGAUCAGAGCGCUAAGAUACGAAGGGGAUUUAAAAGUCCGUUGAAACCGAAGGAAGUAAUGAUGGAGAAUAGACCAACUUCUGAUAACUUGAUCAUGAUGAAUGAAGUGAGAUCUUUGAAAAGCCUCGUCUAUGAGCAGCAAGCUCAGAUACGCAGAUUGCAAGCGGAUUUACAAUUUCAAAAGAAUUCGGAGUUUGAAUUUCAAAGAUCAAUAUUACAAUUUCAAUCUCAAUUGAAAAAUCUUCGAGAUGAAUUCGCGGAAUUCAAGCUUUCAAAGAGCUAUAAUAUUGAUAACAACCAAGAUCACUACAAUCGCAAUGUGUCAUUUGAAUCACCACCAUUCGAUGACAGCACUACGAGACUCAUUCAAAUUUCAGGUCAAAAAAGAUAA